AGCCAUUUUGGCACGACAGCGAGUGGUUCAGUGCGCCCGCUACCAGUGGUCCGCACCACUGGAACUCGGUUUCCUAUCGAUUUCUGCGCCUGGCUUGCGUGUGUUUGUCUCUUUUCACGUGGUGGGGCUAUGUCAGGAGGGCCGCGCUUGGGUUUGUUAUGAUUUUGGUUGCUCCAACCCUGGCUUGCGGGGUUUUGUGGGUCAGCGAGCGGCAGUUUUGCCCGGUCGCAUUGUUUUGUAGGUAUGGUUGACCAGCCCGAGAUUCCCGGUACAGAUACUCCACUUUCUCAGACCUCGAUUCUGGGAAAAUGUCUGGCCCGUGCGGUACAUUUCCGGCACGUGUAGCCUUCGGGCUAAGUUGGCCUUGUCCCUGAUUGGCAGGGGCUCUGGAACACGCUUUUCCACGAUGUGGUUUGACUGAUGCCCGGACAGAGAUUCGUGUCCAGGACAUGGAAUUGACAGACGCAGUGUGCGCCCCACACUUUCUCGUCCUGGCUGUUUCUCAAAAUGGUUGGUUUCGUCUGUCCCUUUGAAGACGAACCAAAAGGGGGGCACCUUCAGAAUUCAGACACAGCCACUUGGCCCCUGGUGGGAAGAUCUUUCGUGGGGGAGAGGUUGAAUGAAUCGCCGGCUCGAUUCGAUCCUCGGUGCUGGGGGCGCUGAGGACCGUACAGUGAAUUUGUGCCCAUCUUCCCCACUCGAGGUUGCAGAUCUCAAGAUGGCCCUCUCCAACAGCGUCAUUGCCCCCCUGCCGGGCGCUAUGGCGUUGGACGCCGCGAAGGUGGCUUUUGAAUCCUUCGGCGAGGUUUUCAGGGUCAAGCGCUUGGAGAAGUUCAACAACUUCGUGCAGGUGGUUUUCUAUGAUGUGCGUUCGGCCGCUCGCGCGGUGAAGGCGUUUGGCGAAGCCGGCUGCAUCCCGGGGCCCCAAGUUGGUGAUCGCACCGUGAGGCUGGCGGGGAACGAUCAGCUCUCCACCAAGGAUUUCCAGAACAUUUCGGAGGUGCUGAAGAGCAAGGAUGGGUCCUUCUUCUUGGAGUUCUACGACAUUCGCGAUGCCAUGCGCUACAGGUCUCCCAAGGAGCCCACGCUCGAUUUGCCGCCUGGCUUGCCAAAGAUGGAGGAGCCGGGCCCGAGGUCGCCGCCUGGUUUGAGCAAGGCAGCUGGGAAAGCGAAGGCCGUGCAGGCGGACUGGCACGUGGUGAUCCGGAACCUGCCGGCGAAGCUCCUGACGCAGGUGAUGAUGGAAGCUGUCUUUCAACAGGCGGGCCUCGCCCGGCUCCGCGGCUUCAACGUCCAGGGCAACAAGGUGGUCGCCUUCUUUGACACGCAGGAGGACGCUCAAGCCUGCGCGAGCCACUUUGCAGGCUGCCAGUGGGAUAAGUCCGGCACGUGCGUGACCGCGGACAUCAUUUCGCAGGGCCCGAGGCCUGCCACCAGCGCGCAGUCUUCGGGCUCCGGCUUGUCCGCGGAAGCGCCCGCCUUCCAGCCCUACAUGGCCGGCGCCUGGAACUUUGGGCUCCCCAAGGUCCCAGAGGAAAGCGAGACGGUGAUCCGCGAGCCGGGCAAGUUGGCCUUCGGCUCUGAUACCAGCACGGAGGUCGGCGACUCGGAGGACGAUGACAAGCACAGCCCUGCUCGUGUCAAGCAACAUCUUCUGCCGCAGCAAAUCGGUGCGCGCUCUCGUUCUGGCUCCGCGGGCUCUUCUUGAGGCAACACCUAUUUUUCGGAGGAUCCGCCAGACUCUUGGAUGUGCCAGUGCCCUGCACUGCACUAGGGACUGCUCGAUUGGGCGGGCAGACCGUCCCGCAGCGAGCGGCAAUGUAAAUACGAAUUGGCUGUAAGAGGGGCGUGAUUGACGCCCCCAAGCUGUGCCCAGCGAGCCCACGAGCCGAUUUUCUUCAAGCCAUGCUUUGGGACAGUUGGCUUGUGGCCUAUGGUGCCUUAGCUGAGGCACGUUGUCCAUAUCCUUCUUUGAAUGAUUUCAACUGGAUGCGACGCGCGGCUAAGACUGAGUCGCCUGGCCAAUGCAUUUCUAGCAGACCUGGCGUCACUUGGCUGUCUGCUGCUUGCUGCGCAUAUCUUUUGGAGCGUGGAGCGUGGUUCGUGCCGAGAGAGCUUUUUCCAUGACCUG